UUCAUAUCGUCGGCCCUCGGCAGCGCAGACAGGGAUUCGCGCUCCCCCGCAGCUCCGCACUGAUCAGGGCUGAGGUUCCUCGUUCCUCUUUGGGGCUGGCCCUUGAGCAGAGUCAGGCUGACACUGAGCGCUGCAGCACCAUGUAUGAGCUCAACGAAAGCAGCUUCGAUCCUAUCACCUUUGUCCUGACGGGCAUCCCGGGCAUGGAGGAGUCCCACAUCUGGAUCUCCGUCCCCUUCUGUCUGAUGUACAUCACGGCGGUGUUUGGCAACUCUGUCCUUCUCUUUGUCAUCAUCACGGACAGAAGCCUCCACGAGCCCAUGUACCUCUUCCUCGCUAUGCUGGCUGUUGCUGACCUCAUGCUUUCCACCACCACGGUGCCCAAAAUGCUGGCGAUCUUCUGGUUCAGUGCCAGGGAAAUUUCCUUCGAUGCCUGCAUUACACAGAUGUUUUUCACCCAUUUCAGCUUCAUCGUGGAAUCGUCCGUUCUGCUGGCGAUGGCGUUCGACCGGUACGUGGCCGUCUGCGACCCGCUGCGGUACUCUUCAACCUUAACCCCCUCGGUGAUCGGGAAAAUAGCUGUGACUGCCGUUGUCCGGGGGUUCUGCAUCAUGUUCCCACCCAUCUUCCUCCUGAAGCGGCUGCCGUACUGCGGGCACAACGUCAUGCCACACACCUACUGCGAGCACAUGGGCAUCGCCCGCCUGGCCUGCGCCGACAUCAAAGCCAACAUCUGGUACGGGCUGACAACGGCUCUUCUCUCCUCCGGCCUGGAUGUCGUGCUCAUCGCCGUCUCUUACGCUCUGAUCCUUAGGACCGUCUUUCGGCUCCCGUCCCCGGAGGCUCGUCUCAAAACCCUGAGCACCUGCGGCUCCCACCUCUGCGUGAUCCUCAUGUUCUACGUGCCCGCCUUUUUCUCCUUUCUCACGCAUCGGUUCGGCCACCACAUCCCAAGCCACGUUCACAUCCUCCUGGCCAACCUCUACGUCGUGGUCCCACCGAUGCUCAACCCCAUCGUGUACGGGGAACAUCGCACUGCUGAGCAGUGCUCAGUGUGAAGUACAUUGCACCUCAAGAUCCUUUCCUGCCCAUACGGCUGGCUGAUUACCCACCACUUUGUUGCUGUACAUUUGAUUUAUCCUUAAACACCAGCAUUGUUUUGUUGAACUUUUUCUUGUUCCUCUCAUUGGUGUAUGCACCAGCUGCAUCGAUAAUACCUUCUUCUACCUGAAGCCGGGGGCAGUCUGCCUCAGACUGUUGUGAAAAGCAGUGCAAACAUGAAGAGCGAGCGCUAUAUAUUGCUGGAGGAGCAGCGAGGACAGCUCUCUGCAUCUGUAACUUCAUCAUCAACCUGACCAGCAAGGAGAGCCCUCUUCCUUCCCUCGCCCUUCCUCAGCAAAGACAGCGACGCAGGCUGUCAAACUCCUCUGCUGCCUCUGCUUCGGUGAAUCUCGUGAGUGGCAAGGCCAGAAAGAGGAGAGACUCUCAUCUCACUGCAGCGAGCACCACCACUGCUAAAGUGUCCCAGGGACAUAAAGACCUGCGGGGAGAAGGGAGUGCAGGCAGCACUGGAGACCUCAGGGGGAAGCUUCCCAGAAUUUCAGGUCUCUGCUGGAGGGCCGGUGUGCUCUGCACCACUUUCGAGGGGGGUUUUUGCUGCGUCGUUAUAAUAUGGAGGACUGUGGAGACUCUGACCCCAGCAGCCACAGUCCUGUCAGGAGUCUUCUGGUUCCCGCAGGCUGGGCUACAGCAGGAAUGGGCUGUUCCCGCAUGGCUGGAGCUUCUCGGUCCCAUGGAAGAGUCACAGCAAGGCUGUCAUCUGCCAAAGCACAAGGCCCUUUUGCCCAGCGCUCUGCAUAGCAUUGACUUGGUGGGCAGCGCACACUCAGAUGGGACCCAUCUGUCUUCUCGUCCUGACAGCCGAGUCCUGAUGGCCAUUCUGGCUCGGCUGUUCAAUGCCAAGGCUUCUGACACCCAUUGCAAAAAUUGCAGUGUGAGUUGCUGUUGACUCCGAGUAGGCGAUGCUCUUGGUGCUUGCUCAGGGCCCCAGAGAGCAGAGACGGCUGCGGCGGGUCUCAGCGUGUCUGUUCUCCUGGGAGCGGCUGAGCCUGCUCCCUGCCCAGCCCUGGCUUGGCCAACGUGCGGCAUUGAAGAGGUCCCACUGCUGCCCCUCCAUGAGCUCCUCUGGCUCUGGUGGCGUGGAGAGGUUGUGACGCACUAAACCACCAGUAUCCUUCAAAGCUGGGGCAGCAGUUUCCCUUCCGGUGGGGAGAAGCUCUGGGAUGAGGAAGAGGAGGCAAUGCGCCAGAGCCCAGUGACCUUUCCUUCAUCCUUUCCUUCGUGUUUUACUGGGUGGGAUGCUGGCACAAACGCUUGCUUCUCCUCUCCGCAUCAUGCCUACUGUCGGCCGCACUUCUCUUUUACACACCACUCUGAGGCACGGGGGCUGGGCACUUUUUGGUCCCCUCCUGAGCUCAGAGGCUUCCUUGGGUCUGACCAGUAUAACUCUUCCUCCUCCAGGCACCAA